AUGGCGCUGUUAAAGUUAUUGCGUUAUUUGCUUUCCUUUUUUUUUUUUUUUUUUUUUUUUUCCUUUGCGGCCGCACGCGUUGCGGCGCGGAUUGCUUUAAACGUAAUUAUCGGCGAAUUCGUUUUAAACGCUUUUGGUAUCGCGAUUAGGGGCGCCGCAAAGGUGCCGCUUAUGGUUGCAAUUGGCAUAUCCGGUUUUAAGUUGUUUUUCGGGCUCGUUGUUACCUUUACCCCUUACCAACGGGAAGUUAUUGCUUUUCCCGGGCCGUAUAAAGCCGUAAUACGAAUUGCCCAUACGUAA